AUGCAGAAGCCGGCCGACGCUCAAAUCGAGAACGGCGCCGAUGGCGAGCGCGUCACGACGGCCGUAGACGGCCCCGCUGCCCCCGUCGUCCCCGAAGGCUACCGCGCUGUCGAUAUCGACCCAGCCACCGAGAAGCGACUGCUGCGCAAAAUUGACAGCGUGCUUGUCACAUUGGUCUUCGUCAGCUACCUGCUCGCCUUCCUCGACCGCUCCAACAUUGGCAACGCCCAGACGGCCGGCAUGGGCAAAGCCCUGGGCUUCGACGACGCACAGUACCAGUGGCUGCUGACCAUCUUCUAUAUCCCCUACAUCAUCUUCGAGUGGGCCGCCAUCUUUUGGAAGAUCUUCCCGCCGCACAUUUGGGCCGGCGUCACCGUCCUCGCCUGGGGCAUCGCCUCCACCUUGCAGGCCACCGCCUUCAACUGGGCCGGCCUCAUGGUCUGCCGCUGGUUCCUCGCCAUGGCCGAGGCCGCCUUCAGCCCCGGCGUGCCCUACCUGCUCUCCUUCUUCUACAAGAGAAACGAGCUCGGCUUCCGCUGUGGCAUCUUCUUGUCGGCCGCGCCGCUGGCCACCACCUUUGCCGGCGCCCUCGCCUACGGCAUCACCUCCGGCCACUCGUCGCUGGCCAACUGGCGCCUGCUGUUUUUGGUCGAGGGUCUGCCCACCAUUGUCAUGGCCGUUGUCAUUUUCUUCACCUUGCCCGACUCCCCCGACACCGCCCGCUUUUUAACCGAAGAAGAGCGCGAGGUCGCCCGCGCCCGCACCAUCCUGCAGACGGGCCAGGAGGGCACGGAGCGUCUUGGCAUGAGCGGCAUCAGCGUUCGCGCCAUCCUUGAUACCUUCCGCCAGCCGCAGACUCUCGUUAUGCCCUUGAUGUACUUCUCCUGCAACGUUUCCUUUGCGUCGCUGCCCGUCUUCCUUCCCGCCAUCCUGACCACCAUGGGCUUCACCAGCAUCGACGCCCAGGGGCUCACCGCACCGCCCUAUUUCCUCUCGUUCCUGGUCUGCAUCGGAACCACCUACCUGGCCGACCGCGUUGGCCAGCGCGGCCUCAUCAUUGCUGCUCUCUCCAUCAUGGGUGGCGUCGGCUAUAUCUUGCUCGCCACCGUCCACAUCGUCGCCGUUCGCUAUCUGGGCGUCUUUUUGGCCGCUGCCGGCGUCUUCCCCGCCAUUGCCAACAUCUUGCCGUGGGUCCUCAACAACCAGGGCACCGACACCAAGCGCGGCGUCGGCAUCGCCAUGCUCAACAUGAUUGGCCAGUGCGGCCCCAUCCUGGGCACCCGCAUCUUCCCUGUCAAGGAGCAGCCGUACUAUGUCAAGGGCAUGGCCAUCUGCGCCGCCUUUAUGUUCUUCAACGCCUUCCUCGCCCUCUGCCUGCGCCAAUACUUUGCCGCCCAGAACCGCAAGCUGGAGCGCGCCGAGGCUGCGUCCGCUGAGGCUGUCCAGCAGGAGCAGACGGGCCACCCCGAGAAGGGCAAUGCUCUGGCCCAUGUUCAGACCGAGAUUGAAGGCACGUUCGGUUACCGCUACUUCCUGUGA